CUUCCGAAUGAUGGACGGAGGCGCUGUGAAAGCGGUGAUCUUUGAUUUCGACAACACGCUCGUUCAAACUACUCGGGCAGGCGCGCUGGCCAUUGAAAAGACCACUGAACUUCUAAAAACCACAACUGGAAGUGAUGACACGACCGUCUGCUGCAUUUGUGAGAAGUUUAAGCAGAAGCUUUUGCAUGAAUCGUUUGACCCUGCAGCUGGGCGAUCCAUAGAUGACAUCCGUGUGGGUCACUGGGAGGAAAGCAUCCAGGAGACUGUUGGCAACUGUUCCUCCCCCACACUGGCAGUUCAAUGCUACCACUUGUGGAAACGGAGUCGCUUGGAGGUUCUCAGUCUGUCCCCUGAAAUAUGCAGGCUCCUGGAAGAGCUCCGAAGCCAGUACAAGCUGGUGCUGCUGACUAAUGGGGAGACACAGAGCCAGAAGGAGAAAGUGGCAGCAGCUGGGUGUGAGAAGUUUUUUAAUGCAGUUGUAGUGGCGGGAGAGCACACAGAGCAGAAACCAUUUGUCUCCAUCUUUAGAUUCUGUUUUAACAUACUUGGGGUAGAGGCCCAGGACUGCAUUAUGGUUGGAGACUCUUUGGACACAGAUAUUCAGGGUGGCUUCAAUGCUGGAGUACGUGCAACAGUGUGGAUCAGCAGCACAGGAGAAAAUGUGCCAAACGGCAAAGUAAAACCAGACUACACGAUUCCAAGUGUACUGGACCUGCCCAGUGUUCUGGCACAACUGAAGUAACUGGUGUUUUUAAAAGGGGGAAACCUUCAUGUCACAUCCUGCUGAUCAAGUGCAAAUUGGGGUUUAGUUGUAACUGUAACCAGGGCUGCAACAGGAUUAUUUUUAUAAUUGAUUAAUCUCACUUUUUUCACUCUAUUAAUUAUUUUUGGAUUAAUCAGUGAUGUUUUGGUUAAUUUACUGGUAAAUCAUAACAGUAAAAUCUACCAAUAACUAAACCUUGCAUUUAAAUGUUAAAUCUAAAUAUAUGACAGAUAUAAAGUGACAAAAAGGGUGUUUACAGACAAUCUUGUAUACAGCUUUGCCUCUUUCUGACUCUCUCUCUCUCACAGACACACACACACACACACACACACUUGAUAGGGCUGUAACAAUUAUUUUCAUUAUCAGUUUAAUCCGUUGACUAGUUUCUGCAUUAAUCAGUCGCAUUAGUCUAUAAAAUGUCAGAAAGUAGUUAAAAAUAUUGAUCAGUUCUUCUCAAAUGUCAAGAUGACAUCCUCGUAUGUCUGGUUUCGUCUACAACCCAAAGCUAUUCAGUUUACUGGCAGAAAGGAGUAAUAAUAAUAAUAAAAAAAAAAAAUCAGAAAAUAUGUACAUUGACGAAACUGAAAUUGGAGAACCUGGACAAAUAGACUCAAAUCAAUUAAUGAUUGAUUAUUAUUUGAUUAGUUAUUGCAGCACUACUUAGAGGUAAUAUCAGGUUUGGACAAGUCAGGUCUGGAAGCAUAUGCAGUACUUCACCACAUCCUUAAUAUUGCAGUACUGCCUUUGGGCUUGGAUGGCAACGACUUACAGGCAGACAACCGGUCCAACCACCCAUUUCAGAGAACAGGUUCAACCACUCAGGCACACAACCGCUCCACUGCCGCUUCUCAAUAGGAACCACAUAUCUGUUACAGCCAGGUGAGACAUGGGUGCCCAGAAAAACGUGCCACAUGAACAAAAUGUCAUAGCUGGCGAUCCCUCAAUUCAAGUUGUACACCUCAUCAGUCUCAACUGUUUGACACAGGUUUGUUAGCAAUAUAUCUCAAAAUGACAGAUUUCAAUCAAAUAUAGUAAAAUGUUUUGUCUUGGGUUAGCGACGACUCUUCACUAACCCAAGAUCGCCAAAGACUUGUUUUGAUUUUGAGACAGCUGCAAACCAGGAUACUUUUUUUAAAAAUUAAUAUUUCUAUAAUGUAUUCAAUUCCCGCACUAAUGCCUCAUCACAAUUAAGGACAAAGGGAUAACAGGACUCUUUUGUGUUGGAAGAGGUAUGCACACUAUAUUCUGUUUAGGUAAUUACAUGCAUUCCCCUUUUUGAAUGACGACGCUAAAUAAUUUGUUCAAGAAUGAGGCUUCUUUCAGCUGCUCCGUUCAGUAGUAGGUUAUCAGUUUCCAUCUCACCCUGUUCUCUGCAUCUUCCUCUGUCACACCACCCACCUGCAUGUUCUCCCUCAGCACAUUUCUAAACCUCGUCUUUGGCCUCCCUGUUCUCCUGUCUGGUGGCUCCAUCUUCAGCAUCCUUCUCCCUAUUUGCUCUGUUGAGAUAUCCCAUAAUCAAUCAAUCAAUCAACUUUUUUCUUAUAUAGCGCCA